AUGGCUCCGGAGGGCGCCGAGACUGCGUCCAUCGGCUGUGGCUCGCCGAAGGUUCCAGGACGGCCCAUCCAGGUGCACCACCAGUGGACCGCGACCAGCGCCGCGCUGGUGCUGGUCCUGCCCAAGGGCUACCCGGCAGCGUCUCUGCACAUGCUGCAGAUCACCGACGCGCACGUCAGCGAGGAGCCCCUAGACCGCGACGAGGCGCACUACGCGGCCCGCAUGCACGCGGCCUUCCGCGUCGUGCCCAGCGCGAGCAACGGCUCCGCCGUGCGAGCG